GUCCCAUAUACCCCAUGUGUCUAACACAUAUUUUAUUGUUUAAGUUUUUAAUUAGUUGAAACAUAACUUAUUUUAGAAAACCAUAGUAGUUUAAUUCUAGUUUUAGACAGUGGUAAAACCACUUUAAACCUCAUUAUAAGGUAAUCAGUCAUAGGAAGGAAGGAGUGGAGUAAAAAGUCAGUAUGAUUCCAAUAAUCGGAGGUCAACGUAACAUUUCAUCCGGCUUACAUUGGGCCAGCCCUCCCCCAUCCAACACAGUGCCAAUAUUGGGUUUUUUUGGACUGAACUCCCAGCCGCAGCCAGUUACUUUUAUUAACAACCAGGAGAAUAUUCCUUUCCCAGUCCCUCCAGCACUUUGGAACCAAAACUGGAAUAUUCAUCCUCGGCCAUCCUUGGUUCAAACACAGUGUACCGUUGGACGUCCAAUUUUGGGUAGACGCAGUGAGCCUAACUGUCAGCCAGAUCUUCGAUCAUCAUUCUGUGAUUCUCUAAAGAGCGCCAACACCAGUACAGAUUCCGUGAACAGCAAUGGGGAAGAGAUGGAUAGAGGAGUUAAGCGUGCCAGACCCCAUUCCCCAAUGGAUAAUAUGGUCCAGAACAACAAUCAUACGAGCCACAAAGGUUCAAAGGGGUUCAGACGAACCCCUUCCCCGUACUCUAUGCUGGGAGUGAACACUUCUAUUCCCCCCCCACCAAUUGUAAACCUAACUAGAAGAGUGGAGAGUGAAUAUUGUUUCAACCCGAUCCCUCAGCCGACCUGCAACCCUGUGGAGCUCCACGUGACCAACCUGGAUCAGAGCAUUGACUUGAGGGAGAUGAAGAAACUGCUCAUGGCUGCGUUCAGAGAGCAUGUUAUGGUGCUGCACGUGUCGGUGUUUGUACAGUCAGACGGUACAUUAGCAGCUUCAAUCAAAGUGCCGUCAGUGCAGGACGCUCAGUACGCCAUCUCACAGCUCCACCGGCGUAAGGUCGGGUUCAAGAGGAUCAUGAUUGCGUACGCUCACUCGUCUUCUCCACAGAACUCGCACUACGUUAAGAACCAGAUCGCUGCUCUGCUUCUUGAAGUCCCUGAACACAAAAUGCCCUUGUUUACAUUCCGAGAGCUGUUCGCCAGCCGGUAUCUAACAUCAGUCGGUGUGUCGGACCUCUACAGGAUGCGAGAUGUCUGUGUUAUCAUCGAGGAGAACAACGGACGUACGAUAACACUGAACCCCGAGUACAGAAACACUCCCUCGCCCGCUCUGUCUACUGACACAGUCAGCGGAGUGGACUUGCCUUUCUGUCUGCGUCACAGUCAACAUCGUGGUGCCGUAGACAAGGGAUGGGCGGAGCAGGAGCAGCCCAGUCUGGCCAAUGUGCGAGUGCGGCUGGCAGAAUUGUCCCAACACUUAGCCAGCUUGAUUCAGAGCCACGAUAACUACUUGCCACUAGCUAGCCUGAUGGAUUGCUAUGCAGCACAGUUUGAGCCUCUGGUGGUAGACGAGCAGAGUGUUCCUCUGGAGCACCUGGUCACCUGCAUCAGCAAUGUGGAGCUGAUCCACAGUGGUAGCAACAAGCACCUGCGCCUGUGUAGACCCAAGCCUCCUCUAGACAGCAAGAAUGAAGACUCAAUUACGAUAUGCGUGAGUCCGUCUCUGGUCAACCAUGUGACGCUGUUUGCUCGUGAGUUAGUAGAUCUGCUCAAGAUGCAGCCUCAUUGCCAGUUGUUGUUUAACCGUUUCAUCCCUGCGUAUCACCACCACUUUGGUCGGCAGUGUCGUGUCGCUGACUACGGCUUCACCAAACUAAUAGACCUGUUUGAGACUUUGCCUCAUGUUGUACAGGUGAUGGGAGAAGGCAACAAACGAGUAGUGACUUUGUCAUACCGAGCUCAGAUCCGUCGUUUUACUUCCGAUCUUCUACGAGUACUUAAGUCCCAACCAAGCAAACAGGUGUUGGUGUCAGAGUUGGCCGUGUUGUUUGAGCGCACUCUGAAUCGUCCCUUCGACCCAGUGGACUACGGACUGUGUUACCUGGAGGACCUCCUCACACAGCUCAGCGCCAACAUCGUCAUACUCAGCGGAAGGGGUAGCGAGGCUACGAUCGCUAUCCCCAAGCGAGAACAGACCCCGGAGGAAAUAGAACGUACUAAACAGUUUGCACUGCAGGUGGUAGAGCUGCUGAGCCACACACCACAGUGCUCUAUGGAGUUUGCAAAGUUCAUCCCAGCAUACCAUCACCACUAUGGCACUCAGUGUCGCGUUGCUGACUUUGGCUUUACCAAACUCAUCGAGCUGUUUGAGGCCAUACCUGAAGUUGUCAAGGUUGAAGAGGAGGGAGAAGGUGUUAGAAAAGUAUCGUUGACUCAACCAGAGAAAAUUAAAGUUCUCGCCAAUCAGAUGUCAGAAUUAGUUCUGCCGAGAUAUCCUCCGGGCUUAGCUGUUGAAAAUGCCCAUUCAGCGUACUUGUGGCAGUUUGGCUACGCUCUGAAACCUUCCGCAUACGGCUGUCAUGAUUUGAUGGAAGUACUCAGCAAAUUGCCCACAAUUCAAAUAUCCACUGAUAACGAGACCGCUUUCAUUACUCCUGUGGACCAAAGCAAGGCCCGGACUCUGCGACUGAGAGUCCUGCGUAUCCUGUGGGAACAUGGAGCCAACAGGAUGAGUCUUCCGGACUUUGAACACGCAUUCUUGAAACACUACCAGCAGCCAUUCGAACUCCACAUUGUUGAGUCUGACUUAGAAGGAGUUGUUGAGGUUGUAGACAACAGUGUCCAGUUGACUCCCUUGGAGCUUUUUGCGAGAGAUGUCUACGAGUUAUUACGCAGCUCUGAUGGACGUCUGGCGCUGAGCUCCUUCGAGUCUGCGUUCCGUCGUAACUUCGGAGCUCUACCCUCGCCGGCAAAGCUUGGAUAUUCUUCCACUCUGACGUUGCUUCAGGCGAUCGGCCAUGUGGUUCAGAUCACCAGCCGAGGCCAGGGGAAACUGCUUUCACUCAAUGUUGAACUUGCAGCUGCAGGUAUCGCAUUACCUCCAGGAAUGGUUAGAAACCCGAACUUCAACAACCUAGAUCCCUGCAAGCAUUUUGAUUUUCCAGACUCUCGGUUUGUAUCACAGUCAGCUCCCAAAGGAGUUCACACUAAGGCAAAUGGAAACAAGCCAAGACAAGAUAGUCCAUGGAAUAUGCUGUGGAAUGGGAAAAAUCUUACAACUAACAACAAUGGAAUGCACAGCGACUGCUAUGAUCAGCCGACGGUUAUACACCUACCAGAGCCCCGGACUCCGCCCAGCAAGGAGGAGUGUAUGGCACUGCUGUCCCCCGCCAAGUUCUUAUUGCCAGCCAACAAUGCCUUCUAUUUCCUUCCCUCCGCCCCGGACCCCUCUGAGCUGCCGAAACCCUUUAACCUUACCCAGGUGAAAAAUGCAGCUGGCUUUAUGGAAAAACAAGAAGACUCAGAUGACAAUGAUCAAUAAAAAAGGAAAUUUCGCCUGGCAGCCUACUUCCACAACCCUAUCCAGCUCAACUAAACAUUUAUGUCCGCCUUCUUCCAGCAUAUUUGCUCAAGUUUUGAAAGGCUGAUUACCUAAACCUGAAGAUAUAUUUUCAAUGAAUUUUAAAAUGUGAAAUUCCACCACAAGCUUUGAGUUAAAUUUUAUGAAACUUGUCAGUUCUCUAUGCCAAUUUGUUACAGCGUUCCUUUCAAAGGGCAAUUUUAUUUUAUUACCAAGAAUGUGAUUGCAUGAUUUUAAUAAUUUUGCAGCAACCAAUCGUUACAGAUUUCUUUUAAUAAUUGAAUAUUUAUUACCCAAUAUGAAGCUUUAACUAUAGCAAAAUACGGUACACAAGUAAGAACGUUAUUUUAUACUAAUUUUAUUUGAUGUUGUUUAUAUUUAUAAAAAUACCCAACGAGGAAUGAGUGCUGUAAUUUAUUUCACUGUAGUAGUUUUAUAUUUGUGAAAGUUUGCAUGGAUUUGUCAUGUUGUAUUCCUUAUAUGCCUUCUUAUUUAUAUUGAUGAAAAUAAAGUAUUUAAUUGGUUUUAGUU